AUGCUGUGUGUUUUAUUUAUUAUUGCUUUCUUUCUUUCUUUUAACUCAAUUCCGGGUCUUUCUUUCUUUCUUUCUUUCUUUCUUUCUUUCUUUCUUUUUUCUUUUCUUUUCUUUUCUUUUCUUUUAUUUUAUUUUCUAUUUUAUUUAUUUAUUACUCUUUCUUUUUUAUUUCUUUCUGAUUGCAUUGUUUCUACCAAUUCUUCUUUCUUUCUUUCGUUCUUUCUUUCUUUCUUUCUUUCUGCUUCAGGUGUUUUCACAUGUGUGUCAUUGAAAAUGUUUUUCUUUCAUUCCUCAUUUUUUCCUCUUUCAUUUCUUUGCAAAACAUUGACAUUAUUUCUUUCUUUCGUUCUCUUUUCUUUCUUUCUUUCUUUCUUUCUUUCUUUCUUUCUUUCUUAUUACAUGCUUUUUAUCUUUUAUAUAUUUUUUCUUUUUUUUUUCUUUCUUUUUUGUCCUUUUUUUUCUUUCUUACUUUUUUCUUUCUUUCUUUUUCUUUCUUUCUUUCUUUCUUUCUUACUUUUUUCUUUCUUACUUUUUUCUUUCUUUCUUUCUUUCUUUCUUUCUUACUUUUUUCUUUCUUUCUUUCUUUCUUACUUUUUUCUUUCUUACUUUUUUCUUUCUUGCUUUUUUUUUUUUCUUUUUUUUUUUUUUCUUUUUCUUACUUUUUUCUUUCUUUCUUUUUUUUCUUUUUUUUUCUUUCUUUCUUUCUUUCUUUCUUUUUUUCUUUCUUUUUCUUUCUUUUUUCUUUUUUCUUUCUUUCUUUCUUUCUUUCUUUCUUUCUUUCUUUCUUUCUUUUUUCUUUUUUCUUUCUUUCUUUUUUUUUUUUCUUUCUUUUUUCUUUCUUUCUUUUUUCUUUUUUUUUUUCUUUCUUUUUCUUUCUUUCUUUCUUUCUUUCUUUUUUUCUUACUUUUUUCUUUCUUGCUUUUUUCUUUCUUUCUUUUUUUCUUUUUUCUUUCUUACUUUUUUCUUUCUUUCUUUUUUUCUUACUUUUUUCUUUCUUUCUUUCUUUCUUUCUUUCUUUCUUACUUUUUUUUCUUUUUCUUUCUUUCUUUCUUCCUUUCUUACUUUUUUCUUUCUUUCUUUCUUACUUUUUUCUUUCUUUCUUUCUUUCUUACUUUUUUCUUUCUUACUUUUUCUUUCUUUCUUUCUUACUUUUUUCUUUCUUUCUUUCUUUCUUUUUUCUUUCUUUUUCUUUUUCUUUCUUUUUUUUUUUCUUUUUCUUUCUUUCUUUCUUUCUUUCUUUCUUUCUUUCUUUUUUUCUUUCUUUCUUUCUUACUUUUUCUUUCUUUCUUUCUUACUUUUUCUUUCUUUCUUUCUUUCUUACUUUUUUCUUUCUUUCUUUCUUUCUUUUUUCUUUCUUUCUUUCUUUCUUACUUUUUCCUUUCUUUCUUUCUUUCUUUUUUACUUUUUUCUUUCUUUCUUUUUUCUUACUUUUUUUCUUUCUUUCUUUCUUUCUUACUUUUUUCUUUCUUUCUUUCUUUCUUUCUUUCUUUCUUUCUUAUUAAACGCCUUCUAUCUUUCUUUCUUCUACUUUUUACGCAUAUUAAUUCUUUAUUUUUUCGUCAUAUAUUCUUUACCCACUUUCUUUUGUCUUACUUUCUCUUAUUAAAUUCCAUUAAUUCAUUCAUUCAUUCAUCGUUCUUUCUUUCUUUCUUUUUUCAAGCAUACCACGUUUUCCUUUCAUUCUUUCUUUUUUAUUUCCUUCCUUCCUUCUUUUAUUCAUUCAUUCAUUCAUUCAUUCACUCUUUCUUUCUUUCUUUAUUUCACCUUCAGGGUCUUUUGCUUGUAAUCACGUUAUUUCCAUUGCAACUACUUUUCUUUCAUUUCUCAUUUUUCCCUCUUUCAUUUCUUUGUAAAACAUUGACUUUCUUUCUUUCUUUCUUUCUUUCUUUCUUUCUUUCUUUCUUUCUUUCUUUCUUUCUUUUCUGUCUUUAUUUUUCUUUCUUUCUUUUUUUUCUUUCUGUCUUUAUUUUCUUUCUUUAUUUAUUUUUUAUUUAUUUCUGUAUUGUCUUUUCUUUCUUUCUUUCUUUCUUUCUUUCUUUCUUUAUUUAA